CUGUGAAAUAUUGUCAGUGAUCGGACAAGGAUUUUACCUUGUCUUGCCUUCUCGUAUAUUCCCAUCCUCAAAUCUCUAUCACCUUAGACUUGCGCGGCCAGUUACUCAUAUGAAAACUAACUACAAUAUAUAUACGUAAGACGCCAGAAGGAACACACAUCUAAUCUACCCCCUGUUAUUACCGUUGUAGUUAAAAUCAAAGCGAUGGUGACCCCACCUUUCAGCCUCAACGUGCCGAUCCAUGCACCGGCGCCGCGGUCCACCCAAAUCCACUUAGUUGAUUGCAUCAUGCAAGAAAUCGCGGUAACACAACAUACAGUUCUAAAUGUAACCUCUUGUGUCACUUCCUCACGGUCAAUAAAAUGCUAUCAAGUGCGUUGCGUCGCCAAGUAAUUGUGAAGUAUGGAUGGAGGGGUUUCGCUACGAGUGCUGUGAGGGAGGCUGAUUUUACCCAUGCGGUCAUUGGUGGAGGUGCUGUCGGGUUAGCUAUUGCGAGACAAUUGGCCGCUCGAGAAGGAACGAGCACUCUUCUCAUUGAGAGAAAUGGUGGGGUGGGCCAAGAAACCAGUUCGAGGAACUCAGAAGUCAUCCAUGCUGGGUUAUACUAUGGAGCCGAUUCCAUCAAGACAAAGCUCUGUAUACAGGGCCGUCAACUCCUCUACGCCCUCUGCCAGAAAUACUCCAUCCCCCACCGUAACAUGGGGAAAUGGAUCGUGGCUCAAACGCACCAACAAUGGGAAGAACUCGUCAAGGUACACAAAUUCACCAGGUCCAUCGAAGGCGUUCCCACGGAAUUCGUCUCUUUAGAACGAGCCGCAAGAGAAGAACCAUUCGUCCAAGCCAAAACUGGCAUCUUGGAAAGUCCUACGACGGGAAUUUUAGAUUCACACUCAUACAUGCAAUUCCUGCUCGGGGAUUUCGAAGACAAAGGCGGAGACGUAGCAUUGAAUAGUCCUGUCACCCGAAUUGAUCACCUCGGUGAGAAAGGGAGCCGAGGAUGGGAAGUAACAACCAAAGACAAAAGCACCGGAGAAGAAACAACCUUCACCGCUGAAGUCAUCAUCAACUCCGCCGGCCUAGGAGCUUGCGAUAUCAACAACAUGAUCCUACCCUCCAGCAGACACCAAACACAAUACUACGCCAAAGGAAACUACUUCUCCUACUCCGCCUCCUCGCCCAGCACAACGCAUCUCAUCUACCCGGCCCCCGAACCCGGCGCAGGCGGCCUGGGAACCCACCUCACGCUCGAUAUCAGCGGCAGGAUCAGAUUCGGCCCUGAUGUCGAAUGGGUCGACUGCCCCACCGACUUAGCAGUCAAUGAUGCCAGACUGCCCGAGGCUAUAGCAGCUAUCAAGAAAUACCUCCCCGGCAUCAAGGAAGAGAGUAUCGUCCCCGAUUACGCGGGGAUCAGACCGAAGUUGGGGAAGAAUAGCGCGGUCGCGAGCGGGAAGGGGUUUGCGGAUUUUGUGAUUCGGAAGGAGGAUGGGUACGAGGGGGUUGUGAAUUUGCUGGGCAUUGAGAGUCCUGGGUUGACGAGCAGUUUGGCGAUUGGGGAGAUGGUGGAGAGGUUGUUGUAUGGGUGAUUGAUGGUGGGUUGGGCUGGUGGGUGUUGAGAUGAUGUAGAUAUAGGAGCAUGAAAGUGGUACCUGGGUAUUUAUGUUUAAAGUUAAAGUCUAGACUUAAGAAGCGUAGCAGGCAAUAGACAUUUUCUAAAAG